UGUGAUGAAACUCCAAUCUUUUGGGAUGAUUGAACCAUUUUGUGGGUGGUAUGGAGAUCCUAAACCAGAUCAGAAGUUAUUAAUUACAGGAAGCAAUCGUAUACCGAUUGAAAAGACGGAAGAAUAUAAUUCAACCAUAAUAAUGACCCGAGUUAGGGAUCAAUCACCUAAACAAUGUCGGUUAGCUCAGGAGUACUCCGAUAUGCUUCCAGAGGGAUUGCAGAACGAGCAUUUGUGCUACGAGAACCAGCCCUUCCUUGUUCCAGGCGCUUGUGAUAUAGUGAUAGGAAGUCCAAUUGAAAGAAACGGUGAAAAACGCAUUUAUAUCGAUGGCAUCAAUUUAUUUGGUCGCGAUUGUGGCUAUGGUGAGCCGGCUGUAGGCAUAAGGCUCAGUUCACACAAAGCUUGGCUCGAAUCGGUCCUGCUUCCUCGGUCUAAGAGAGAUCCUUUAGUGUAUCUUGAUCCAGAUCUAGAACUUGACGACAAAUGCGAGUAUGCCGAUCUGACAAAAGGAAUUUGUAUGACUGAAAAACAUUGCCCAGCCAUUCACACACGACUGCAGAACAGCCAACAGGUUAUGUUCUGUGGAAAUAGAACUGUGCUUUGUUGUCCUAACAAAGCUACCGAUCCUCGAAUGAUGGCAAUAGAAGACGAAUUCAACCAGUGUGAGAAGCGCUAUCGUCACUUAAGAACUGAUCGACAGAACGGAGGUUCUCAUGCCAUUGAGAUAGGAUGGCAAGAUGAUCGCAACACUACGUAUGGAUGUUACGGAUACCUCAUCAGUACACGUGGUAUUGUUUCAUCUGCAUCCUGUUUAUCGGAAAGAGGCAGAAUGCCGAACAUUGUGCGGAUUGGAGGAAUCGAUUCAUUGGACAAUUCGCGUGUUGUUCCUAUUGAGAAAGUCAUCAUCCAUCCCGACUACAAUAAGGAAACACUAGAACAUAAUAUUGCAAUAGUGAAACUCGAAUCAACCGUGGAUCCAUCGGAGCAUGUAUUUCCUACGUGUCUUUGGCAGAACAUUACGCACUCGCCGGUCAAGCAGCUAGUAUUGGAUUUUGCUUCCAAGCGAUACGAUCCCAUUCAUCCGAUGUACAAAAGCGACUGCGAGGCUCUUUUGAAUCGUACCUUCAAUGAGCAUUAUUCCCUCUGCAUGAAUCCAGGAACAAAAUUCUACAAAACCUUAUUUUAUGCUGGGGAUUUACAAGUGCGACUGGUGCCAAAUGUUUCUAUCUCCAAUACCUGCUAUGAAACUGGAAGUCCUAUCGUAUGGAGACAGGCUCCGAAUAGCACUGAUAACGUAGAAUAUCUCGUGCAUAUGUACAGCCACGGAAGCUGCGAUCUGAACACUCCACGCGUAGUGACCCGUAUUGCUGCGUACAUCGGGUGGUUCAAAGCAGUGCUGCAUUAAUUGUAGUGCUACAUAAUGUUACCGAAUGUGUUCACUCUG